AUGUAUUGGUCCAUUCCUAGUUCACUCAACAAGCUAGUUCCAUAUCAGCUAGAUGAAGUUGCUGAUAUAGCCCUUGGUGUCCAACUAAAUGUAUUUGAAUGUGAUGGAAUUGCAGUUGGUGCUUCCAUUUCUCAUAAGAUUGCAGAUGCUUUGUCAUUUUCCAUGUUCAUCAAAACUUGGGCCGGCACUUCUAGAAGAGAUCAUCAUCACCAGAUAGACGAUCAUCCAGUUGUGUCUCCACAGUUUGUAUCAGCCACACUCUUCCCACCAAGGAACAUAUCCGGGUUUAAUCCAAGUGUUGGGAUCACAAAGGAGAAUAUCGUAACAAAGAGCCUAGGAGGUAGCCAAAGAUCGCCAUCUCGUGUGGAUGCUCUAUCUGCUUUCAUCUGGAGUCGCUAUGUGGCUGCGACCAAAGUUGGGUAUGAAGCACCUGCAAAGGUCGAUGCCAUUAUUCAUGCUGUGAACCUUAGGAAUAGGAUUGAUCCCCCACUUCCAGAAUGCUCAUUCGGAAAUCUCUAUCGAAUUUCCGUAACGGUUCCACGUCUGGAUACAGGGGAGGAGUGUUAUGGCCUUGUGAGGCAGGUAAGAGAGCAAAUCAGUCAUAUUGACACAGAAUAUAUAAAGAAAUUGCAAGAAGGCAAUGAUCACUUGAGCUUUAUCCAACAAAGCUCUGAGAAUGUCAACAAGGGAGAGAUGGUUACACUGAGCUUCACUAGCCUGUGCAGAUUUCCUCUGUAUGAAGCUGACUUUGGAUGGGGAAAGCCUACUUGGGUCGGCUCGCCUGCCCUGAAUUUCAAUAAUUUAGUUGUGUUUAUGGACACUAAAUCUGGGGGUGGAAUAGAAGCAUAUUAA